AUGAAUGUUUUUCUGCUGAUAUCGGCUUCUUCACUUUUUCUUCUAGUAGAUUCGGUGCAUGGAGCAACAGAAGAGCUCUACCGCACGUCGGCUAAACCUUCGGAGUUGUUUCAUAUAACUGAUGAAAAACUUCAUCGCACGUUUGCACCGGGCGCCUUUACAUUCACUUAUCCACCAUUUAACAGAAAUACAUUUGCUCCUUUGAAAGAAUCAGUGACCAAAACUCCUGCUGAUGAAGAGGCCGCUCACUUCACCCAUCGACCACCAUAUCGUCACGCUACAAAAGGAACUAACUCACAUGUUACUCCAAAAGACAAUCGAGAAGUCAUGUUCACCUGGAAAAUACUUACUUGGAAGCCGGAAGAUUUAGCAGCGGUGUCCAAAAAGCCACAUACAAAAGGGACCAAGGCUCCACCACUGUUCGGAGCCGAAGAGCUUGCCCAUCAGGGAAAACACACAUUCCCGCCAGGCGCCUUCACUUACAAGUUCACAAUUCCACCUCUUGGCAGAAGAACAUUUGCUCCUUUUAAGGAGGUAGUAACCCAAAAACCACAUUCAAAAGGCACCAAGGCACCUACACACGAUGAAAAAAGCAGUCAGGACAAGUUGUACGAUCCGAUUACCUGGAAGCCAAUUCGCAUUACUUGGAAGCCAGUUGAUGAUGUUGUGGUGGUUGGAUGA